AUUCUUUUUCUACAAGACGGGAAGGAACAUUUUCAGUAUCCAAUUAACGUCCGAACGUACAUAUCAAUUCAAUAUGGAUUUUGAUGUCUGGCACCAYUUUGCUCUCAGUGUUAAUAUCAUUACUGGUAUUCGGCAUUUCGUCAUGGAUGGGAUAUAUUUUKCAACUUGGAACAGCAGCAYACAUACCUCAGUCACAAACAAGAUGAAGCUUACUUUGGGAGCUAYMAMAAAUUUCUAUGGGUACAUUAAGAGAAUCUUGGUCAUUAAAAAAGCGUUGGAUAUCAAUGAGAUUCAAACAAUUACAUUUUGGAAUGAGCAAGGUCCGUGGAUUGGUCUGAACGAUCAAGAAAACACCGGUCAAUUGAGCUGGUCUGACGGUACUCCUGUUGGUCAGUACAUGCCUUUCCUAAGAGACGUGCCCAAACCAACACAGUGUGCUGCUGUUAAUAAAAAUGGGACAUGGCUUGAUAAAUGGUGCAGCAUGAAAAAUCCUUUUAUUUGUGAGAAGCGGUUAAACAAUUGAAUAUUUUUCUUCUGAUCUUUUGAUAACGGACACUUUCGAUUUGACAUAAUUUAAUGGUUUUAAAAAAUUAUUCCUUCGUGUUUUAAAAUGAAACAAAUCAAACUAUAACAUGCCAUCUUUCCUUUUUUAUCUUCUCAACACUCUUUUCUUCUUGUUUUUAUACAUCUCUUUAUAUUCAACAUUGUAAUGUAUUCAAGUAAUUCACAAU